AUGACUACGCCUGCUCUCACUGCGACCGCACCUUCACCUCCCACAUCGGCCUGGUUGGUCACUUGCGAAUCCACCGCACAAACUGGCGAACCAGUUGCUGGAGCACCAACCUACACCCGCCUCCACUGUCCAAACUGCUCUUGCACAUUCAUGCAUCGCAUGAGAAUAUUCGGCCACAUGCGUAUCAACGAGCGUGAAAUCGACCGCAGUCCCGACACAACCAGCACACCUACCAUGCGUAGCCCCUCCCUCGCUCCUUCGCCCUGCGCGCCCACCGCCAUUAGUUCCAUCACACGCAGUGCCCACUGCACACCCACCACGCUCAGCCCCACCCACACCGUCGCACAGUGCGCCCACCACCACCCCAUUUCCGUAGCUGACACCGGCACCACCGACUUCUCGUGUCCACACCGUCCCUGUACCCUCACCUCACGCAUCGGCCUCAUCGGUCACUUGCGGAUCCACCGCAUAGAUACUGGCGAACCAGUUGCUGGUGCACCAACCUACACCCGCCUCCACUGUUCACAUUGCCCUCGCACAUUCAUUCAUCGCAUGGGCCUAUUCGGCCACAUGCGAAUCCACGAAAACCUGAGGUAG